AUGCCACGAUCUACAAAUUCGCUUAUCGCAGAGCAAUGCUCCUUGAUUAAUCGCAACAAUCCACGGCCCCAAAACCAGAAAAGAAAAUUCCACAACAUACUCUCGGAGCAAUUAUCGUCGCUCAAUAAUACGGCAGAGCUGAUUCUCAAUGAACCAGUGGUAGAGCAAGUCCCCAGCGAGACUUCAGCGGGCGCGCGUAGCGAGCGCGCGCGCCGUUCGGGGACGCGACCCCAAAAGAAGCCAGCCACCGCCCAAAGCAAACCAAGCGAUACAAAUUUUUUGCAACUACUAACCGGUGAUGCUGUUGCCGAUGGAGCGACUGCAAUGAGCGCACAGUCAAGGUGGAUAGCAGCACUGUGGUUCAUAAUUCUUUGCAGACUCCGUCAACAAAUCGCUCAAACUCAUGUCAUGAAAUGUCUAGGAGGAUUCAAGUAUUUAGAAGGUAACGGCUAUGACAAUUUUGUCGUGGCGACACUGCCGCGGUUCGACGCGCAAAACAAUUUCAAACCCACGUAG